UAAGUCAUUUGGGGUGCGCAUUUUUACUGCAGGCUAUGCAAGUUCAUGGAGUGCUUCGUUGAAACAACUACUCCGUAAUAAACCUAUUAACAGGCGCUGACAAAUGUGAUUCAAUUACGAUUACAAUGUCAACUAAACCAUGCAAUUUUCCUAUCGAUGUCGUUGAGAUUGAUAGCAGCGAUGACGAAGGCGGCGGUGACACCCAUGCCGCCGGAAAGAGGGGAAACCAGGAUGUAGUGUCUACCGCCACAAAUCCUCACGGCAAACCACAUGGUAUUCAUGAUGCCAGAUUGGGCGCUCCUCCUGCUCCGAAUAAUCGUCCACCAGACUCGAGGAGUUUCUGGAAGGCCGGGAAUAUCGAAAUCGCCCCCGCUAAAUCAGUAGCUAUAGAAGGUGACCUGGAACAUGCACGUGUACAUCCGAAGUUCUUACAUUCGAAUGCCACUUCUCACAAAUGGGCGUUUGGAGCAAUUGCUGAACUCUUGGAUAAUGCUGUAGAUGAGAUAAACAAUGGUGCGACUUUCGUGAAGGUUGAUAGGAUAUGUAACGUGAAGGACAACUCUCCUGCCUUACUAUUUCUAGAUGAUGGUGGCGGAAUGGAUCCGGGACGUCUUCGGAAAUGCAUGAGUUUGGGCUACUCAUCAAAGACGAGCAACACAACAAUUGGGCAAUAUGGUAAUGGGUUCAAGACUAGUACCAUGAGAUUAGGUGCUGAUGCAAUUGUCUUUACACGGUCAUCUCACGCAGGCCGAGCAACCCAAAGUGUCGGCCUUCUAUCCUACACAUUUCUCUGCAAAACAGGACAGAAUGAUGUCAUUGUUCCAAUGAUUGAUUUUGAUAUCUCCGGGCACUGGGCAGAGCCAAUUAUUAAUACAUCCCAGGUUGAUUGGUCCACAAACUUGAAAACCAUCCUUGAAUGGUCUCCAUUUGUGUCAAAGGAUGACCUUAUGCAACAGUUUGAAGAUAUUGGCUCUCAUGGAACUAAGGUCAUAAUAUACAAUCUAUGGCUGAACGAUGAAGGAAUUUAUGAAUUGAAUUUUGAUGAUGAUGAUGAGGAUAUAAGGUUGAGAGAUGAAGCUAAUCAAGGAAAUGUGUCCAAACAACACAGGAAACAAGCUGAAUUGCAAUCCCAUAUUUCCUACCGCUUCCGUUAUUCAUUAAGGGCAUAUACAUCAAUAUUGUACCUCAAAAAGUUUAAAAAUUUUAGCAUCUUAUUAAGAGGCAAGGCUGUGGAGCAGUAUAGCAUUGGUGGUGAUUUACAACACUCAAAAGUAAUAUCCUACAAGCCACAACUUGAUGUGACAUCAAAAGAGGUGACUGUAGAAACUACUAUUGGCUUCAUUAAAGAAGCACCAAACCUUCCAGUGUCUGGAUUUAAUGUUUAUCACAAAAAUCGUCUAAUCAGGCCCUUCUGGAAGGUCACUGCAGAUGGUCAUUCAAGAGGAUCAGGUGUUGUUGGAGUCCUAGAAGCAAAUUUUAUAGAGCCUGCACAUGACAAGCAGGAUUUUGAGAGAUCUUCAAUUUUUUACAGAUUGGAAAUGAGGCUGAAGAAUAUGAUAAUGGAAUACUGGAAAUCUUGUUGUCACUUGGUAGGGCACAAGCCCCCUGGUGUGCCUAGUGUGCCAAGAGAAGCUACUGCCCAACCGCAAGUUAGAGUUGUGAAUUCACAAAUGCAGUUGCCAACCACUGAACAUCAGCCAGUUAAUAGUCUUGUUGAUGACAGAUCAGCUGAUAUGAUAUCCGAGGAGAACAUCCAGCUCUUUAUGAGAUGUGAAGCUUAUAUACAAAAAGAAAAUGAAUUGAAGCAAACGAUUGAAGAAUUAGAGAGGGAGCUGGAUGAUACAAGAAAGAAGUGUGCUGAUAUUUCAUCGCGCCUGGAAAUGCAGAAGAAUCUCAAAGCUAUGAGUGGAAUGCGAAAUGUUUAAUGAGUCUUCUUCCUGGUGACCAAGUUGAUGAAUGUAUAUGAUGUGGUUUAUGCGGUAUUGGUUGAUCUGUUUUCAGCUUAGGAGUGUAUCUUAACGAGUAGCUGAAGAUGCUAGUCAUGUGUGUGGUAUGUUAAAUAUAGCGUAUCUAUCAGCGAUAAAAAAUUAACGGAGUUGUUCAGUGUUUUUUUAUGACUGACUCAUUGCUUCAGUUGCUUGUCCUAUAGACCCAUUGAUGCCACACCCGGCUGUCCCUAUUUCAAAAUUUAUACUCGGUUUAUAGAGACUA